UUCCUCAGCAAGAAACCUGAUUCAUACUGCUAUAUAUUCUCAGCCUCUUCUCCAAAAGCGCGUGUAGUGUGUAACAAAUAAGCAGGUCGCAGAAUCCAUCACCAACCUUCAUUCUCUCUCUAAAUUACCCAAAUCCUCUCUCGUAUAAACUGCACCAACACUCGUCUAAGCUCGUACGUUGUCGGUCAGUCACUUCCGCCAUGAACGGCGGACCUGAUCACCACCACCACAGCCAAAACGACAUCCCGUUGUUGGAGCUCCGCCAACUGAAAGUCAUCUCCGUCCUCGGUCGCGGAGCCAAAGGCGUGGUGUUCCUGGUCCAACCAGAUCAACAGCAGUCGACCAAUAACGAAUUUCUUGCUCUGAAGGCAAUUUCCAAAGCCUCGAUUCAGAAUAGCAAGGUCGACAACAAUGGAGAUCUCAAUGAGAAUAGACGAAUCUGCUUCGAACAAGAAGUGUUGAGAAGUUUCCGACAUCCACUCCUUCCCAGACUUCGAGGAGUUCUCUCCACCGACGAGAUCAUCGGCUAUGCCAUCGAUUACUGUCCUGGACGCGAUCUCAACUCUCUCAGAAAUAAUCAAACCGAGAAAAUGUUCUCCGACGAUAUCAUCAGGUUUUAUGCUGCGGAAUUGAUACUGGCAUUGGAGUAUUUGCACGGAUUAGGGAUUGUUUACAGAGAUUUGAAGCCAGAAAAUGUAGUGAUUCAAGAGAACGGGCAUCUAAUGCUCGUUGAUUUCGAUCUAUCGACAAAACUCCCGCCAAAAUCUCCCGAACCUCGUCGGCCGAUUGUUAAAUCAGUCUCGAAAUCCGCGCCGAUUAAGAAGAAACGAUUUCCGUCGUUCCAGAGGUGUUGGAACUCGGGCAUUUCGCCGGAAGACUCGGCGCCUCUGCCGGAGAUCGGUGUCGACUCGGCGAGUUUCGAGUCGGACUCGGCUGCGAAGUCGAAAUCGUUCGUCGGGACGGAGGACUACGUGGCACCGGAGAUCAUACUAGGCAAGGGCCACGAUUUCGCCGUGGACUGUUGGUGCUUGGGCGUUAUGUUGUACGAGAUGUUGUAUGGAACGACGCCGUUCCGGGGGUCGAACAGGAAAGAGACGUUCCACCGGAUACUCAAGAAGUCGCCGGAGCUAACCGGAGAGCCGACGCCGUUGAGGGACUUGAUUGCAAAGUUGCUGGAAAAGGACCCAAUGCUGAGGAUCUCACUGGAGGGGAUCAAGGGCCACGAUUUCUUCCGAGGGGUUGAUUGGGAUCUGAUCUGGCAAAUCGAACGGCCACCGUUUAUUCCUCUACUGCCGGAGGACGAGGAUACAUUAGGAAAUAAAGAAAUUGAUGUGGAGUCUUUUGUCCAAGAAGCUUUUGGAAGUAAGAGUAAUGAGGAGAACAUAAACAAUGGUGUGUGGGUCGAAGCAGUGAAUCUCCGCUCCCAAAGUGACAAAUUUUUUACUAUUUUCUAAACUAUUUCUCUAUAACUAAUUUUUUUAUUCAUUCGAAGCUACUCCAAAGUCUGUGGUACGUCAUGGAUGAUGUCAAGUUUUUGAACUACAAAUAUAAAUUAAUCAACUUAUUAACAUUAUUCUAUUUUAGAUGCUUUAUGUGAUUUGAAUAUACUAUGGUGAACGUGUUCUGUCCAAAUUUGAAAACCGUCAUUUUUUUGUUUAAAUAAUAUUCAAAGUUUAGUGUC